ACACACCCUGUAAUGCAUUGCUCAGGGAGUGCUAGCACGUAGCUAAAUAUAAGCUAGGGUCUAAAACCAGUGCUAAGUAUUUGAGGAAGCUCUUGGACGUGCUUCCUCGAGGAUCACAAGAAACUGUUUAACAAGACCGAACCAUGAGGAGUGUGAUGCUGCUCGUAGUGCCAGCGCUCCUGCUGCUGCUGGCUCUCCCGGCCACCAGGGGUCGCUACAAUGACGACUUUGACGACGGUGAGGACCUAGCCGAGUUUGACGACAAUGACUUCGCUGAGUUCGAGGAUGUGAGCGAGGACCAGGGCACGGAAACGGAGACGGCCCCGCCCCCUCCACGGGCGGCGCCUUCAGUGCCCGCAGAUGAAGAGGAUGAUGACGAGGCCACAGUGGAGACGGAGGACGGUCAGGAUGAGUUCUACGAUGGGGACACUCAGGACCAGGACAGUUACAGCAAGUAUGACAACGAAGAGUUUGAGGGUUACGAGACCAAGACGAGUCCCUCUUUCAAAGACAACACCCUCAUCCUGAGAGAGGUUCCAGCCCACCUGCAGAACAGCUGGGAGAGCUACUACAUGGAGAUCCUGAUGGUGACGGGCCUGCUGGCCUACAUCAUGAACUACAUCAUCGGCAAGAACAAGAACAGCCGCCUGGCGCAGGCGUGGUUCAACUCGCACCGGGAGCUCCUGGAGAGCAACUUCGCCCUCGUCGGUGAUGACGGUACCAAUAAGGAGGCCACCAGCACGGGGAAGCUCAACCAGGAGAAUGAGCACAUCUACAAUCUCUGGUGCUCUGGUCGCGUGUGCUGUGAAGGCAUGCUCAUCCAGCUCAAGUUCCUGAAGAGGCAGGACCUGCUCAAUGUUCUGGCCAGGAUGAUGAGACCAGUCUGUGACCAAGUACAAAUCAAAGUGACGCUAAAUGAAGAUGACAUGGACACGUUUGUCUUCGCCCUGGGCACCAAGAAGGCCAUGGCUCGCAUGCAGAAGGAGAUGCAGGACCUGAGCGAGUUCUGCAGUGACAAGCCCAAAUCGGGGGCGAAGUACGGUGUCCCCGAAUACUUGACCAUCCUCACCGAGAUGGGCGAAGUCACGGAUGGCCUGAUGGACAGCAAGAUGGUGCAUUACAUCACCAAUCAUGCCGAAAAGAUCGAGUCCAUCCAUUUCUCGGACCAAUUUUCUGGUCCAAAAGUUAUGCAAGAAGAUGGUCAGCCCUUAAAGCUGCCCGACACGAAGAAGACGCUGCUGUUUACAUUUAACGUGCCUGGGAUGGGUAACACAUCUCCCAAAGACAUGGAACAACUGCUGCCUCUGAUGAACAUGGUGAUCUAUAGCGUUGAUAAGAUCAAGAAACUUCGCUUGAACAGGGAGGGGAAGCAGAAGGCUGAUAAGAACCGCGCUCGUGUUGAGGAGAACUUCCUGAAGCAGACCCACGCCCAGAGGCAGGAGGCUGCCCAGACGCGCCGCGAGGAGAAGAAGAGGGCUGAGAAGGAGAGGAUCAUGAGCGAGGAGGAUCCCGAGAGACAGCGCCGCAUGGAGGAGGCUUCCCAGCGCCGUGAUCAAAAGAAGCUGGAGAAAAAGCAGAUGAAGAUGAAGCAGAUCAAAGUGAAAGCCAUGUGAAGGGGCACAACAAUGCAGUGUUGCGCGCAUGCACAAACACACACACACAUUUCUUCUUCAGAUGACUGCUUCCAUCCUCACACACAUGUACUUCUCAGUCUCAAACACACUUCGCUUUCUGGUUGAAUGUGUGUCUCUUCUACCUGCUGCAAAAGUUCUUCCACAUCAUAGAGCUGUCACCUUGCCAGUCCGUGUCUGUCUUGUCCUGCUCUGAUUUAUAUUUUCCUCUUCCUAAUGUCUGGAGUUACUUGUAAGAGUCUCAUUGCAGACAACCAGGGAGUAUUGUUUAAUUUAAAGAGAGGGAAAGGUUGCACUUGUAAUAAAAAUGCUGGCCUUUUCAGCUAUAAUACGCCCAUGACUGAAAUCCCAUUUUAUAGGUGAAAUUGUAGGCAUGUGGGGAUUUUUUAUUUUUUUUUGUAUUCAAAUGGUCAUGCUGGAAUGAUAUGUUUCAUGUUAAUUUAAUGCUAAGUCAAGCUGCACUGCAUUUUUUUUAAAUAGGAUCUUCUGACUUGAAUGGUUCUUUACUGAAAGUUUGGUGAAUACUGCCAUCAUCAACAAGAAAAACAACCACGCAGUCGUGAGAUCCUGUCAUGUUUGUGUUUGGCUUACACAAACCACAGAUCAAAAUAAAAAGAAGUUGUGCACUGAAAUUGUGAAAAA